UUAAAAUAAGGAUCUAGCUAAUGUUACACAUCGAUCACAGUGUAGGUUAUAAGUAGGCGUGUUGGCGAAACGUGUGAUUUGCUUUUAUGACAUGAGUUCGGUCGCCAGAAAUUAAUUUUCAGAAAUGCCUCCGAGCGACCAUCGGGAACUUGUCUUUAGCCAAUAACUAUAUUGCUGUAGCUAGCUAGUAGCAUUUUGAGGUCGAGUGUGUAAUUCUAGCUAGCUGUCAUUCACUGCAAAACGAUCAUUUUUUAUCAUCGGCAGGCUCACAGGAAACACAUUAGCUUGCUUGCAACUAGCGCAAUGUUAUUUGAUGCCAAAUGUAUCUAGCUAGCUCUAGCAAGCUCUAAUCAAACUAGCCGGAUAGGUAGCUACCUCGUUACCAACGAAGAUGAACUGACUCACCUGCCAAAAUAGUUCUGUCUGUAGGACCAUUUUGAGUUCAGUCAGUGCUGGGAUGUGUCCUGACGCCCUUCCUGGCAGUGCUUGCUGUCUUUUCCCUCUGUGAUCCAGAAGAGAGAAUAGGAGCUCUUCAGCAUCCGGGGUUGUGUGCUGUGGUUCCUGUUGCACAACUCUCCCAGUUUGAAUCCUUCUGCUGGACUCAUCGCCAUCGCCAUGGAGAUCAUAGUGGCCAAAGUGCUGUGUCUGCUGACGGUGUUCGCCCUCAUGCUGGCCGGUAUUCUUGUCCCAGUGCGGGUCAUGCAAGUGGACUACGAGAAGGCGCAAAGAUACCGGAAGAUUCUUGCCCUCUGCAAUUCUUUUGGUGGGGGCGUCUUCCUUGCCACCUGCUUCAAUGCUCUUCUGCCUACCGUGAGAGAGAAGGUGGCAGAUGUCCUGAAGCUGGUGAACAUCCAGACGGACUACCCCCUGGCGGAGACCAUGAUGAUGCUGGGCCUCUUCCUCACCGUGUUCGUGGAGCAGGCGGUGCUGACGUUCCGCAAGGAGAAGCCGUCCUUCAUCGACCUGGAGACCUUCAACGCGGGCGGCUCGGAGGCCGGGAGUGACUCCGAGUACGACACGCCGUUCAUCGCCCCGCCCAGGGGCUCGGCGGGGGGGCACCACCACAACUCGCACCACCACGGACACCUGAGCCCGUCGGAUUUGGCGCGGGCGGGACCGCUGCGCCUCGCCAGCCUGGUCCUGGCACUGUCCGCCCACUCCGCCUUCGAGGGACUCGCCCUGGGGCUGCAGGAGGACGGGGCCAAGCUCGGGGGCCUCUUCCUGGGGGUGGCCAUCCAUGAGACCCUGGCCGCCGUGGCCCUGGGGGUCAACGUGGUCAAAGCCGGCCUGCCCAUGCGGGAUGCCGUCAAGCUGGGCGUGGCGGUGAGUCUCAUGAUUCCGCUGGGGAUGGGUCUGGGGAUGGGCAUCGAGAGCGCCCGGAACCUGGCGGCCAGCAUCAUCUCCGUGGUGCUCCAGGGGCUGGCCGCCGGGACGUUCCUCUUCGUCACCUUCUUCGAGAUCCUCUCCCGGGAGCUGGAGGACAAGCACGACCGCCUGCUGAAGGUACUCUUCCUCAUCGUGGGGUACGCGGUCCUCGCCGGCCUCGUCCUCAUCAAAUGGUGAAG